ACAUGGCUCGAUUGAAAAGAGCCCAGCAGCGAGGAACACUGGGCCCAUGUCUCUGUCAGAGGUUUGCUGGGAAAGUCCAGAAGUCAAGGCACAUUUGGUGGAACUGGCAGCGGCACGAAACAACUUAGCAUUUGACGAUACAGGUACCUCCGUGGACACCCGCAGCAACAAGGGACUAGAGCUGAGCCUGCGGUUGAUGUUCAAGGUUCAAUUUGCAGAGAAACAUGUUCGGUCAUCAUCGGAAAAAUUCAUUUCUGAAGCCUUUAUCUUCAUCCCGUUGCCAAGGCUGCAGCGCGGCAGAACAGUUUUUGGGUGCUUUGGAAACCCUGGCGGCCUCACUGAAACUAGAGCCAGCGUCCCGAGCAUAUCGAAAUGCAUUCCAAGCGCAUUUUGCAGAACUCCAACAAAGGGAAUACAGUGUGGCUGUGUUGGAAGCCUGCUUAAGCUUGUCACGUAGUGGGGCUAUAUGGGCCAAUGGGCAAAAAUUUGACUUGAACCAGGAUGCCGAAGCUGCAUGUUUUGCUUUGCUUGAUCAGUGGGAGGGGCUUUUGGCACAGCUCGAUCAUCUCCUACCUCCAUCGCUAGAAAUGGGUCUCCCCAGUGCUCAAGAUGAACUUUGCAAACUUUUGGUCAGCCUUGAUGCCAGAUGGGCGGAGUUUGAGCACCUGUACAUACUGGAGAUAAUGAGAGUUCAACACGAGGCCAAGGGCCUUGUUGCCAAAGCAAUGGAGGUGGAAGAAAUGCUGUCACAGUUGGAGGAGAAAAUUGGGAUUGACAAGGACCAAAGUGCUGAGUACGAGUUUCAUGUUGGUGCUUUUGUCGGUUGCAUUUCCCAGCUGAACGUCGCAGCCAACGUGAACCGAAAGACCUUUGACGAGCUGACUGCAGAUGUUUGGGAGAAUGCUGACGCCCUUCUAAAGAUGUGCGCCAUUGAUCCAGACACACCCUUGCAGGCAGUACGAGUGAUCGCCCAAGAGGUUCUGCAGUCCUUUGAGGAGCUGCGGCAAUGUUUGCGAGUCAUGCGCCAGGAAGACCCACAGCUGGAUGACCUCAACCCGCAGCUUUGCCACAAUGAGGACUUGGUGAAGACUUUAAUGCGCUGGGAAGAGGCCUGGAUAUCAGGAGCUCGAUAUAUCCAGACUCGGCCUGUCCUAGGCGCUCUGUGCAAGCUAGUGCCACGAUUGUUGAGAGCCACGCAGAUGUGCAGUGACUUUGCUUCGAUGUGUGCGAACUUUGAUGCAGAGUUGUUCUUGGUGCUGCCUCGAAUUGUGUGGCUCACGUACUUCGAGAGCAACGAAUCCCUCACACCGUUAAUUUCAAAUUUGUUGCCUCAUAGAUUUGUGCAAGUCCCUGUGUAUGCAGAGCUGCGGCAGCGGGCCGGGGAAGCACAGUUGCAACGUCUCCGUCGCCAGCGGAGUGAGCCUGCCCUCGGUGAAGCCUUAGAACCUGAGUUGGCUGUAUUGGGCACUGACGCCGCCCUUCGGUCAAUUCAAUCAAAGUUCAAUGAAGUGAAACUGGUCCUGCAGGGAAGUACUGGGCAUCGAAAUAGGUCUGACAGUGAGCUUGUCUGGAAUCUAUUGCUUCAGUCUGCCGUAAGCAAGGGGAACUUCGAUCAUUUUGACAUCAUUCCGCCUCCAAAACGCAGCACGGUCAUAUCGGCGGUAGAGGACCUAAUGCUUCAGCUUGAAAGUUGGAGCUUGGAGCUGCAACGACACUGCGCGGAGGAUUGGAACGAGUGCACCAAUGUCCUGGUGAAGUGCCUGUUGUGCGAGCAAGCGCUUGAGAGAAUCUAGGUCUGGUUUUUCUAAUUAGAUCUGAUUCGAUGUACAGAUUGCGCGAAACUGCCGGUCCUUCUUUCCAUAGAUCUUUAGAGCACACUCCAAUAGCGAGAAGACGUGCCGUUAUUUUCCUUAUUACCCGACACAGCUGAACAUGUGGAUAGGUCUUGCAAAUUCGGAGGGCGCCCAAGUCGUCCUUGGCAUGCUGCUUUACAUUGAAGGUUAUGUCUGAAAAGAUGGAGUUUCGUUGGCACGAUUGACUUUAUAGAAGGUGACCUGUGCAAUACCAGUGCAAUCAACGAGCAACUGGAGCACAACCUGGAGAUGUUCAGAGGUUUUCGGCCCAAUUUCCCAUGAUUCGGACAAUGCAUC